UAGCUCGAUUCGAUCGAUUUAGCUGGCGGGUAUUUGACUUCCUGCGCAGGCUUUGCCUCUUCCUUUUUGUUGAAUGUGUCAGCCAUGGCCCCGAUUAAGAAGCAGGUGUUCAGGAAACCUGGAGGGAAGAAGAAGAAGCAGCUCCUGAAGUUCACCUUGGAUUGUACUCACCCUGUAGAAGAUGGCAUCAUGGAUGCUGCCAACUUUGAGCAGUACCUGCAGGAGCGCAUCAAGGUGAAUGGCAAAGCUGGAAACCUCGGCGGUGGUGUGGUGUCCAUUGAAAGGAGCAAGAGUAAAAUAGCGGUGAAUUCAGAAGUUCCCUUCUCCAAGAGGUAUUUGAAAUAUCUUACAAAGAAGUAUCUGAAAAAGAACAACCUCAGGGACUGGUUGAGGGUCGUAGCCAACACCAAGGAGAGCUAUGAGCUGCGCUACUUCCAGAUCAACCAGGAUGAGGAGGAGGAAGAGGACGAGGAUUAAACCUUAUGCCUAUCUUAAUAAAACAUCACAAGAGGAAACAAAAA